AUGACCUCCGGCAGCUUCGAUCCAUUGUCGUCGGUCACCGUCAUCGGCGCUGGUCCCUGCGGAUGUGCCUUUGCCGCCGACCUGGCCAGCCGUGGGAAGUGUGUCCUGCUCUACGGUCACCCCGACCACCGUGGUGCUAUACCCAUGAUUGAGAGUAACGGCGGGUGGUUGAACGCAAGCGGAGAGAUCAAUGGCAGGUAUCAGGUCAAAACUACCAGCGACCUGGAUCUCGCUAUUCAACACUCCAACUUCAUCGUAACCACCGUUCCCUCAUACGGACAAGACACUAUACUCCAGAUCCUCAGCCAAUUUGACCUGCAACGUCACACCCUCAUCGUCAACGUGGGCAACUUCUUCUACCUCGCCGCCCGCCAAAAGGUCAACGCCCUCGCCAUCCUCGAAACUGACAUCUCCCCCUACGCCGUCCGGAUCAUAGGCGACACGGUGUUCGUCAAGGGCGUCAAGAAAACUCAGGCCGAGCCACUGAAGCGUCACGCAGAGCUCGGUCGCCGCCGACAGGUCGAGUCGAUCUUCUCGCAGAACCUGGUGUGGUGUCAGAACCUGCUUCAGGUCGGCCUGAACAACAUUAACCCCGUCGUGCACUGCGCAGCGGCACUCAUGAACGUGGGCUGGAUCGAGGCUACCAAAGGUGACUUCUACUUCUACGCGCAGGGUAUGUCGCCCUCCGUCUCGCGGGUGACGGAGAAGGUGGACGAGGAGCGCCUGGCUAUUGCUCGCGCCUACGGGCUCGACCUCGUCUCCAUCACAACAUACAUGAACCAGAACUACCAGCAUGAGACGGAAUUCGGUAAUUACCAUGAGUUCGCUGUGGGAUCGGUUAUCCACAACAAGACCAAGAGCGCGCCAACGACCAUGAAGCACCGCUACCUUUUGGAGGAUAUCCUCUACGGGAUGGUCCCUUGGUACGAGCUCGGUCUGAAGUGUGGUCUGGCGUCGCCGACUAUCCGGUCUCUGAUAGAGAUCGCUUCGGUCGUGAGCGGCUUCGACUACCUCGAGACCGGGAGGACUCUGAAGGCAGCUGGUCUUGGCGAGGCCACCAAGGAGCAGGUUCUGAUCGCCAUGGGUGGGUCCGUCAACGAAGCUCCAGAUGUGGUUUCUUCUCCGUCGGACGCUCCUGUCAACAAGACGCUUGAUUCUCAUGCUCCACUUCAGACAUUGCAGUUGGCUGUUUGA